GCUGCAGCAGCAGUCCCCUCACUUCCUUUGCCACAGUAGUUGUUGAAGGGAAGAACAGGCUCUGCAUCAGCCCAUCUGUCUCCAGAGAAACCAAAAGGCAACUCUUCCUGCAAGACCAGACAUGGCUCCAAGGGGUGAUGGCAGACUCUUCCUCUCCAUCCUUUUCAUCACUUGUUACUGCACAGUGACGCUGGCACAGGUGCCCGUUGACUGCUGCUUGAGUGUGGCAAAAAAACCUAUCGGGAAAGGUCUCGUCGCAAACUACCACCAUCAGGUCCAGGGACAAGGCUGCGCUAUUGAUGCCACAAUAUUUCUGUCCAGAGGUGGCCGGACAAUGUGCGCCCCCAUUAAUGAAAAGUGGGUGGAAGGUCUGAAACGCCACGUGGAUCAGCUGAGGAAAUUCUGCAAGAAACAAAACUACACGGGCAAACGCUGCACUGGAGUGAAACCCUAGUGAAUCAAACGUUGACCCUUCAGCCAGAGCAGUGGUUCCAAGUCAGCGAGGAGAAAGAUGGGAUCGACCACAACAUGAAUAAAUUAAGAAUUUAAGCUUAAUAUGAAAAUGAUCAGCUAUUUUUCUGCCUACUAAAACAAUGUCUUGCCUUUUUUAUGUAACUAUCAAUUUUAUGAAAGACAAAAUAUUUUGAAGGACGUUAUGUUUUGUAUUCUGUGUGUUUUGUUUUAGAAGUAAAGGGUCUGUGAUAUCGGUACAUGAAAAAACUGAAAAUGUGAUUGUUUGUUUAGUGUCUGGUUCGCUAAGCAACUUAAAACUCAGGAACAAGCAGUUUGUUGGUCAUAUGGAUUUAUGUGAGUGUUGAUAUUAUCAAAAUAAAGCUUCCCCCCCAAAAAAUCCAAA